AUGAGAUCAUCCACUCUUUUGCGUUUGUUUUCGGCCGUGAGCCUGACCAUAGCAACUCCAUUGAUUAGCCGCUCCAAAGCUGGAUUUAAUUCGACAUGCACAUCAUUGAACCAGAGAAAAGCAUGGCACACUCUUGGUAACGAUGAGAAAUCUGAGUACUUGGAGGCUGUCAAAUGUUUGAUGAACUCCCCAGCAAAGUCUGGUAUUACCGGCGCACAGAACAGAUGGGAUGAGAUCCAGUCUUGCCAUGUUGAGCAGUCAAACUUCAUCCACGGUGUCGGAGCUUUCCUUCCCUGGCACCGACUAUUCCUCCGCCUGCACGAGAUGCUCCUGCAGGAAGAGUGCGGAUACAGUGGCGCUCUUCCCUACUGGGACGAGCAGAGAGACCUUGAGGUCUACGGAACCAUCGACCAAGCCUCAGUAUGGGGAUCUGACGAGUACAGCUUCGGCACCAACGGCGUGAACAUUACCAACGGAACAAACUGCGUUAUCGACGGUGCUUUCGCCAACACGACGCUCCGCAUGGACCAGGUCUGGGGCGUGGACUAUUACGAUGAGUACUGCCUGGCCCGCGAGUGGAACCAGACCGCUUGGGAGUUCGCCAACCAGUCCUAUGUCGACACGUGCUUCGCGACGACAACCUACAACGAAGCCAACUUUUGCUACGUCGACUCGCCGCACUCGUGUGGGCACCUUGCCACCGGUGGAACUAUGGAGAACCAGAACGCAAGCCCGGGAGACCCUAUUUUCUUCCUCCACCACGCAAACCUCGACCGUCUGUGGCAGAAGUGGCAGGAGGCAAACCUGACGGCGCGCCUGACGGAUAUGAGCGGCCAGCUUAUCCCCCCUGUGAGCAUCAUGGAGCAGAACCGAUGGCUGUACCCAUCUGCCGCCUAUCUCGACUACGACGGCGACCCAAGCAACGAUACAACCCUCAACCAUGUGCUCUGGAUGGGUGGCAUUAUCCCCAACCACACUAUCGCCGAGGUCAUGGAUCUUAAGGGCGACUUGAUCUGUGCCGAGUACCUAGACGCUGAGUAG